CCUACCCCACCUACUACCUACCCCACCUCCCUGCUCCGGUGUUUGAUACCCCGAUGUAGGAUUUCGACAUGCCCUGCGCUGACGACCCCAAAGGAGGACGAUUAUGACUACAACGGCGAAUUGGGUGGCUAACGGGGCAAGCCUUGAGGACUGCCACUCCAACAUCUUCUCUCUGGCGGAGUUGACGGGCAUUAAAUGGCGCUGCUACAGCUUCCGCAGUGGCGGGGAGUACGGGCCCGUAAUCUCAGCCCCGGCCCAGGACGACCCGGUCCUGCGCAGCUUCAUGCGCUGCGUGCAGGCCAACCUGCUGUGCGUAUGGCGACGCAAAAUCAAGCCCGACGCCAAGGAGUUGUGGAUCUUCUGGUGGGGCGAGGAGCCCAACCUCUCUGAUGUCAUUCAUCACGAGCUGGAAGUGGCUGAGGAGGGACUUUGGGAGUGCGGGCUGUCCUACGAGUGCAGGACCCUCCUGUUCAAGGCCAUACACAACCUGCUGGAAAGAUGUUUGAUGGAUAAAGGGUUUGUGCGGAUCGGGAAGUGGUUCUUCAAGCCGCACGAGCUGGAAGGAAAGUCUUUGGGCAACAGUGAACACCUAUCAUGUUCCUUCUCCUUCUUCCUCCACGGGGAGAGCAAUGUGUGCACGAGCGUGGAGAUCGCCCAGCACCAGCCUGCGUACCACAUCACAGAACACCACAUCCGCCUCGCACAGACCUCCAUCACACCAGUACAAGGUAAUACCACAAAGCCAUUGUUUUUUUUUCUAGUGCUUUUGUACACGGAACAAAAGCUAAAUCAC